GUCCAGCUCGCAGAGAUGGAGGCGAACCUCCACAACAUCGACUGGGCGAUGGCGGCCGAGGAGGAGCGGCGGUGUCGACACGACGUGAUGGCGCACGUGCACACCUUCGCGCACGCCUGCCCCACCGCGGCCUCCAUCAUCCACCUGGGCGCCACGUCCUGCUACGUGGGCGACAAUACGGACCUGAUCGUGAUACGCGAUGCCUUUGACAUCCUCCUGCCCAAAUUGGCACGCGUCAUCGACCGUCUCAGUCGCUUCGCGGAGACACAUGCCGCGUUGCCCACGCUGGGGUUCACGCAUUUCCAGCCUGCCCAGCUGACGACCGUGGGCAAGCGCUGCUGCCUGUGGCUGCAGGACCUGGUGAGCGACCUGCGCAGUGUGGAGCGCCUGCGGGGGGAGCUGCGCUUCCGCGGGGUCAAGGGCACGACGGGGACGCAGGCCAGCUUCCUGCAGCUCUUCAACGGGGACCACGACAAGGUGGAGAAGUUGGAUGAGUUGGUCACCAAGUUGGCCGGAUUUGACAAGGCACUGCUCAUCACGGGGCAGACGUACAGCCGCAAGGUGGACGUGGACAUCGUGGCCACGCUGGCGAGCCUGGGCGCCUCUGUGCAUAAGAUCUGCACAGACAUCCGCCUGUUGGCUCACCUCAAGGAGGUGGAGGAGCCAUUUGAGAAGGAUCAGAUCGGCUCGAGCGCGAUGGCGUACAAGCGGAACCCGAUGCGGAGUGAGCGCUGCUGCAGCCUGGCGCGCCACCUCAUGACGCUCGUCAUGGACCCCCUGCAGACGGCGUCCACGCAGUGGUUCGAGCGCACGCUCGACGAUAGCGCCAACAGGCGGAUCUGCAUCCCGGAAGCGUUUCUCACCGCCGACAUCAUCCUCAGCACGCUGCAGAACGUGGGCGAGGGGCUGGUGGUCUACCCCAAGGUAAUCGAGCGCCACAUCAAGCAGGAGUUGCCUUUCAUGGCGACAGAAAAUAUCAUCAUGGCCAUGGUGAAGGCGGGGGGCGACCGGCAGGAGUGCCACGAGCGGAUCCGCGUGCUGUCCCAGGAGGCGGCCGCCGUCGUGAAGCAGGAGGGCGGCGACAAUGACCUGGUGGAGCGCGUGCGCGCCGACGCGUACUUCUCGCCCGUGCACGAGCAGCUGCCCUCGCUGCUCGACCCCGCCACCUUCGUCGGCCGGGCCCCCCAGCAGGUCACCAAGUUUCUGCAGGUGGAGGUGCGCCCCCUGUUGCAAAAGUACAGCAGUCAUCUGCAGGGCUCCGUGCAGCUCAGCCUGUGAUGAGGCGGGGGGGGCAUUUGCUGUCCUCUCUGCAAACCUGCAUUCCCUGACGCUAACCAAUUUCAUGACUUGAAAACCCAAAGCAUUUAAUGUCUAACAAAUAACCAGACUCUGCUCAGUGGUUAUUUAGCUUGGUUUGUUCAUUUCACAAAGUUGCCUUUUGCAUCUGCCUGCUUGCCAGGUGUCCAGUGCUCCGUUUGAUACUUUUGCUGACAUUAAUGAUGACGAUGAUGUUGAUGACGCAGUGACAUGUUAGCGAAGCUACUGAGGUGAUGCUAAAGUGGCUCGAUGCCACAGCAUUGCAUGCGAACUCUGUUUUUGGUGUGUUGAUUUUUCUCGCAUGAAUUAUUAAACGAGUUCUGUGUGAAAAUAAAACAGACAAAUGGCA